AUGUCUGCGGAGAGCGCGGGGCCGCCGUCCGGGCCGCUGUGCCCCGAGCACAGCCAGGCUCUGAGCUGGUUCUGCUGCUCCGAGCGACGGCCCGUGUGCGCUGCCUGCGCGGGGCCCGGCGGCCGCUGCCGGGGCCACCGCAUCCGCCGGGCGGAGGAGCGCGCGGAAGAGCUGCGGAACAGGAUCGUGGACCAGUGUGAGAGGCUGCAGAUUCUGAGUGCUAGCAUCACCAAGUAUGUCGCUGAGGUCCUUCCAGAGAAGAACCAGAGAGCAGUGAGCACGGCCAGCGCGGCGCGGGAACUGGUCAUCCAGAGGCUAGGUGUGGUGAGGAGUUUGUGUGAGAGCGAGGAGCAGCGGUUGCUGGAACAGGUGCAUGGUGAAGAGGAGCGGGCCCACCAGAGCAUCCUGACACAGCGAGUCCACUGGACUGAGGCGCUGCAGAAGCUCGACAGCAUCCGGACUAGCCUGGUGGCCAUGCUCACCCAUCUGGAUGACCUCCAGCUGAUUCAGAAGGAGCAGGAGAUUUUUGAGAGGACCGAGGAAGCAGAGGGCAUUUUGGAUCCCCAGGAGUCAGACAAGUUAAACUUCAAUGAGAAGUGCAUUCGGAGCCCACUCCUUACCCAGCUCUGGGUGACAGCAGUUCUUGGGUCCCUCUCAGGCACGGAGGACGUGCGUAUCGACGAGAGGACCGUCAGCCCCUUCCUGCAACUGUCAGAUGAUCGAAGGACCCUGACCUUCAACGCCAAAAAGUCCAAGGCCUGUGCAGAUGCCCCCGAGCGCUUUGACCACUGGCCCAAUGCCCUCGCGGCCACGUCCUUCCAGGCUGGGCUGCACACCUGGAUGGUGAACGUCCAGAACAGCUGCGCCUAUAAGGUGGGUGUGGCCCUGGGCCAGCUGCCCCGCAAGGGCUCCGGCAGUGACUCUCGUCUGGGCCACAACACCUUCUCCUGGGUCUUCUCCCGCUACGACCAGGAGUUCCGUUUCUCACAUGACGGGCAGCACGAGCCCCUGGGGCUGCUGCGCUGCCCCAGCCAGCUGGGCGUGCUUCUAGACUUGCAGGCGCAGGAACUGCUCUUCUACGAGCCGGCCUCGGGCACGGUGCUCCAUGCCCACCGCGCGCCCUUCUCGGGGCCCCUCUUCCCUGUCUUCGCGGUGGCCGACCAGACCAUUUCCAUCGUUCGCUGACCCAUGGCCGCUGGCUCCCUGGUCUAGCCCCCGCCAUGCCUCCAGGCCGUGUUCCUACCCAGUGGUCUCUUCCCCAGAUGUUGCCUCUGCCCAGGGGGCCGCUUGCGGAGGGGGAGGGUUCUGUCCUGUUUCAGGUCUGGCUUCAGCAGGGACCUGCUGGCUAUCUGUGGGGAGCCUGCUACCCCCUGGGCCUUGGGCUCCCAAAUCCACCAGGCAUUUGCUCCUCUGAGGGCAUCUUGUUCACUGCGUCGUGUCUGGUAUCCAGCACGGGGUCCAGUGCCUACCGGUUGUGCAAUAAAUAUUUGGCGAGCGAACAGCUGGAUGAAAGGUG